AUGUAAUUUUUGUCACAGAAAUUUAUUUCAGACAAAUUCGAAGGGCAAUUCUAAAGAUAUUUGAAAAAGUUUCGAUUAAGAUUUCAAUUAAUUUAAAAGGUAAUACUACUACCAUUAAUAAUUUAUUAUACAAUAGAAAAAGUGUUUUAAUCAAGUUGGUUUGUAGUUAGUCUAAACGUGAUUUUGGGAUUGAUAGUGAUCAUAAGUUUAAAAUAUCAGAAAAAAUGUAUAAGAGUUUAUGAGAUUUUGAUUCUAAUUGGAAUUCUACUUUUUAAUUUAUUCUAUGCUACUUCAUAGUAUUUGAAUAUUCAUCCUCAAAGAUAUUAAUUUAUUGAUGGUUAUUUCUUAGCCAUUUUAAGUUUGACGUAUAGAUUUUAAUUUUACUUUAAGAAUGAUCAAUAUGAUGGAUACUAUACAAAAAGCAUUCCUUUUGUUAUUUAUAUACCUAAUAUAUCUUAUCAUGAUACCCAAUUAAGUUGAACCAAUUUGGUAGUAAAUUAUAAAGUUUAUUUUAUACAUUAUUCUUUACUAUCAGUAAUAGAGAUAUUAAUAAUAAUUAUUAAGAUUAACAUAUCUUCAUUAUUUUAAGCAUUUGACAAUAGAAAAUACAAUAAGAGAGAAUUUAGAUAUGAAAUAUUAUCUUGUUCAUUUUAUAGAAAAAAAAAGAUCUUUUGUUUUGAAGUCUGAGGAGUAUGAUUAAUUUGUAAAUGAAGAUGAUUAAUAUGCUUUUUAAUAGUUUUUACGUAAAAUCAAUAUUUCAUCUGGUGCCUAGACUAUAGAGAAAUAAAUGCCAACUAGAAAAGGAUCUGCAGAAAUGAAUCUAGAACAAUUUUUAUUUUAUUUGUUUACUGAUAACAAAAAAUUAUCAACUUUGAAAAGUUAUGAAAACAAAUACUUAGAACAUUAACAUCAUUUAUUUGGAUUUACAUAAGAUGAAACUUACAUAAUCAAAGUUAUUAAAUGUUAUGAUACAGAUCCUUGUGCAAUAUUAUUAGUAACUGAAUAAUAGAAACAAUAAUUUGUAGAUAAACUAAAAUUACAAAAUAAAGCAACACUAAAACUAUUAAACUAUUUUACAGAUAUAUUUACAAGUUAAAUUAGAGUUUCUUUAAUCCUUUUAAAUGGAAUGUUAAAAUUUUAAUAGAAUUAAAAAAAAAAUUGUAUUUUUAAUAAAGAAAUCAAAUGUCUUAAUUAUAUUAAAUCUUAACUUUACAUUGCAUAUAAUUAAUUUUACAAUAUUUCUGAUUACUUUUUAGCCAAUUCUGAUUUAAGAAAAUUGUAAAUCUCAAAAUUCAAUUUGAUAUAAGUUGUUGAAGAAUUAUUUGAAAAACUAAAAUAUUAUAGAAUAUAGAAUAAAAUCAUGACUCAUGUUUUUAUUUUAAAAACUAAAAUAAAAGAACUAAUACUUAAAUCAGAUAUGAAAUAAAUCUCUUAAUUAUUUUUUAAUUUGGUCAAGUUUGCUAUGAAAUAUUCAGAAGAAAUCUAAAUAGAUUUAGAAGAAGGAUUUGAUCAAUCAUAUCCUCCUUAAGCUAUUAUAAAUGUUUAAAUUUUAUUCAAACAUAUAAAAGGUACUAAAAUUGAACUUAAAAAAUUUCCAAUUAUAAAUCCAACAACUUUAGAAGAAAUUAAAAAAAAUGAUAAAAGACCAUUAGAUCUUGAUGUGUCAAUAUCAUUAUUAAUCAUCAGAAAUCUAGGCCCAUUUGAUAAAAUGACUAUUAGAAAUAUAGGUAAACAUUAUUAUAAAAUCUAAUUUUUUAUUUACAAGAAUAUGAACAAGGAUUUACAUUUAAUACCAAUUCAUUCUUUUGAUCCUUCAUUAUUCAUCAAAAGAGACGAUGAUUGGUAAUUGCUUAAUCAUUUUGGAAAUCAACUUUUCAACAAUUGUUAUAAUGAUUCUCCAGAAAUAAGAUUAGAUACUUAAAGAUGCAUUACAAUUCCUAACACUGCCUUAAGAUCUUGA